AAGAGCCCGUUCUACUGUGUUUAGUCACCAUCCGGCUGAAGUCCAUCAAGAACAUCCAGAAAAUCACCAAGUCCAUGAAAAUGGUGGCCGCUGCCAAGUACGCUCGGGCUGAGCGGCAGCUGAAGCCCGCCCGAGUCUACGGCACCGGAGCCCUCUCUCUGUACGAGAAGGCCGAGAUCAAGGUGCCCGAGGACAAGGCGGCCAAGCACCUGAUCAUCGGCGUGACGUCCGACCGCGGCCUGUGCGGCGCCAUCCACUCGGGCGUGGCCAAGACCAUCAAGAACGAGAUCGCCAACCUGACGGGCAGCGGCAAGGAAGUGAUGGUGGUCAACGUGGGCGACAAACUGAGAGGCCUGCUGCACAAAACUCACGGCAAGCACAUCAUGCUCAACUGCAAGGAGGUGGGCCGCAAGCCCCCCACUUUUGGGGACGCCUCCCUCAUCGCCAGUGAGCUGCUCAACUCCGGCUACGAGUUUGACCAGGGAGCCGUCAUCUACAACCAUUUCAGAUCCGUCAUCUCCUACAAGACGGACCGGAAGUCCCUCUUUUCCAACGACGUGGUCGCAAACGCGGAGACCAUGGCCGUGUACGAUGACAUCGACGCCGACGUGCUGAGGAGCUACCAGGAGUUCGCCAUGGUCAACGUCAUCUACCUGGCGCUGCGUGAGUCGUCCACCAGCGAGCAGAGCGCCAGGAUGACCGCCAUGGACAGCGCCAGCAAGAACGCUUCCGAGAUGAUUGACAAGCUCACCCUAACCUUCAACCGCA